AUAUACUGACUAAGAAGAAGAAAAGCAAAGAAGAAGUGAAAGAAGCAAAAUGGUUUCUUCUUCUUCAUCUGAGGUAAAGAUUAUCUCAGAAUGCUUCGUUAAACCCAAAACAUUCCCUGAAAAAUGUAAAGAGCCAUACCAUCUAUCACUAUUGGAUCACUUCUUGCUCUCUGUGCAUUACAUCCAAAAGGGUCUUCUCUUUCUCAAACCAUCAACACCAUCUGAAGAAUCUGAUGAUGCAAUCAAACCACAAGACUUCAUGGAGACUUUGCUGCAAAAGCUCAAAGACUCUCUAGCCACAACUCUUGUCCAAUUCUAUCCUCUAGCUGGUCGCCUUUCGACUUGGAAAACCGAUGAUGCAAGUUCCUAUUCUGUGUUUGUGGAUUGUAAUAACAGUCCUGGAGCUGGAUUUAUCCAUGCCAAAUCAGAUCUAAGUGUUGGAGAUAUUGUUGGGUCUAAAUAUGUUCCUUUGGCUCUUCAGUCAUUCUUUGAUCAUCACAAAGCAGUGAGUGGUGAAGAUCACACCAUGAGUCUCUUAUCAAUAAAGGUAACAGAACUUAAAGAUGGAGUGUUCAUAGGACAGUCUAUGAAUCAUGCACUUGGAGAUGGAAGUUCCUUCUGGCAGUUCUUCAACUCUUUGUCAGAGAUCUUCAACUCACAAGAAGAAACCAUUAGUAACAAACUACUAUGUCUCAAGAAUCCUCCAAUCUUUCGUGAAGGGUCAGGUCCUAUUUGCAGCUUUCCCUUCACUCAACCUGAUGAGUCCAUUCGUCGAACCGAACCUCCGGUUCUGAAGGAGAGAAUGUUCCACUUCUCAUCUGAAACAAUGAGAACAUUGAAAGUGAUAUCUUGCAUAUUUACAUUGUUUUAUCCAUUCAUCCAUGAGCAUUUUCAUCAUAUAGAUUAGGAUUUAGCC